CAUUCUCUGGUGGCUCUCUGAUAAACAAGAACUUUUGUGACGAAUACGGUCCAACACAGUAGACAUGCCUCAUUAUUUUAAAGGGUUAAUUGUGACAUUUUUGGCGGCUCUGCGCUUUUCACAUUGUGAUCCUUCCGAGACACCCACCUGCUCAGUUGUUCAAGGGCUUCCGGGUCUUAAUGGAAGAGAUGGACGAGACGGGGUCAACGGUCAAAAAGGCGACCAAGGACUAAUGGGACAAACUGGACCUUCUGGCUUAAGAGGCAUCAACGGCCCCCCAGGUAAAGUAGGACCUCCGGGUCAAACAGGAAUCCAAGGAGACAAAGGAUCAACUGGUACUCAAGGAACGAAGGGAGAAAAGGGGUCAUCUGGAGAAAAAGGACCUCCCGGUAUCAAGGGUGAAAUGGGUUCUCCUGGUGCCAGGGGGGAUAAAGGAGAUCCAGAUGCUUCUAUGGCUAUAAAAGUCGCGAACUUGGAAAACAAAAUUGCCGACCUGGAGAAGAGUAUCGCAGUCCUCCGACGAGUUUGCUACGCCCAUUCUGGAGUGACCACACUCGGGAAUAAGAUAUAUGUAGCCACUACCCAGGAGGGUAACUACGGCAACGCAAAAGCUCUGUGCAACUCUUAUCAAGGGGUACUGCCGACUCCACUCAGCGCCGCCGAAAACGCCGCCAUCUUCAAGAUGUCCAAGGCGAAAACCAUGUUCCUCGGUAUAAACGACAUUAAAAAUGAAGACGCUUGGGUGGACGAGGAUGGAAAAAGCACCGGCUAUCGAGGUUGGGAGCCAAAGGAACCCAACGGGGGACGAAAUGAAAACUGCGUUGAGAUGACAGGGAGCGGGCGAUGGAAUGACUGCGUAUGCGAUCGUAAGAAUACCAUUGGCUGUGAAUUCCGCUUAUGAACGUACCACGUUACU